AUGCCUCCAGCCCUCUCAGACCAGUAUGAAAAGGCCAGCCAAAGUUUUUCCGUUGACUGGUAUGGGAUAUGGGUUGCUGCCCUGCUGGGCGUCUGGCUGAUCGCGCGGUUGGCGUACCAGCUUGGUCGGUGUACUGUCCAACGACACAUCGAGGCGUCCCUUGGACGGUGUUUCGGCCGCGAGUUGCCGUGGCUUCUCCAGACUAUUGACAUCGCCACCACUCUCGCGGCGAUCUUAGUUGGGGUGCUCUUGGGCGCCAACAUUGUCCUUCUACUCGUCUCCGCCCAUGGCUGGGCCGACGUCCAGCAACGUGCGGCGAAGCUCGCCGUCCUGAACCUAUUGCCGCUCGGUACGGGCCUGACCUUUGGCCUCCCGGCCCAUCUGCUCGGAAUCAGCCGCUCUACUGUUGCGUGGUCGCAUCGCUGCUUAUCUAACAUAUCUAUUUAUUUAAAGCUGACCUCAGUUAAUGAGAUAAGAUAUUAA